AAAAUAAAUUAUUUGAUUAUUGGUUUAAAAUGGCUAAAUUAUUGCAGCGCGUGGAAAUUACGCUGCGUAGCUUCUACAUUUUCAACUCGAGCUUUGGCCAAAUAGAAGGAGAGGAACACAAGAAGAUUUUGUUUUACCAUCCAAAUGACAUUGAAUUAAACACGAAAAUCAAGGAUGUGGGACUGAGUGAGGCCAUUAUAAGGUUUACAGGAACUUUUACCUCCGAAGACGAUUGUCAGGCGUUGCAUACCCAGAAAACUACCCAACUUUUUUGCCAACCAGAGCCGGGAUAUUGGCUAGUUAUGGUUCUAAAUGUUCCCAAGGAGGUGCGACUUAAGGAGGGCGUGGAGGUGGCCGAUUAUCGGGGUGCCGAGAUCUCCGACAGGAUUUAUAGGGCCAUCCUAAGGCAAUGCUAUCAAAUGUUUCGCUUUCUACACGGCGGUUUCUCUAUUUUUGGAAGUGAGGAAUCCAAUCCUGAUAAGCGAAGGGAACUGCUCUGCCAGGAGCUUCUUAAAUUCUAUGAUCUUCACCUUAGUAACCUUAAAGACCCCGCUCAAUGUGAUAUCAUCGACAUGCUGCAUUCCAUUCAAUAUCUUCCCUUGGACAAAUCGCUAUUUUUGCGUGCCCAAAACUUUGGCAUGCUGGGCGAAACCUUUCCGGUUAUUAAACAGAGCAUAAUGCUCUACCAGGAGCAGGUUCUUUGCGGCGGAAAACUUAAGCCAGAGGAUCUUUACUGUUUGCAUUCGUAUGUGAUUCAGCAUGUGCUGAAAGCGGAGGUCAGCAGCUCCUCCAUGGCAGUGAGUCCAUCGCUAAAGAGGAGCAUAAGUGAGUGCCAGGUGGGGGGAUUUGUGAGGAAUAAGGAGAAAGGCGAGGGAGAUGAUCAGGAGGUUGCUAGUGAGGAAGAUUAUCCCUUAAAAGUCUGUGUAACCUUGGAGAAGCAAGUGAAACCCUACUAUCUGCUUAUAUAUCGCGCUUUACACAUCACACUCUGCCUGUUUUUGGAUGCUGACCAACCGGCACCCAAACAAGAGCUUUACGACGAACUCCAUGGCUACAUGGCUCCCCAAUUGACUUCCCUAGCCCGCGAUAUAACCAGUGAGCUAACAAAAGAGGCAGUGGGUGGAGCCACAGGUCAGGAGAACAGCGAAAUGUCGCCCAAGUACCUAUUCAUCAACGAACAGAGUCUGCAGCAUCACACCAACUUCCAGAGGCACCUGCCCCAAGGAUUGCCCCGCAAUGUGCUUAGUAUCAUAGCGGAUUUGGCCAAUCCAAGCGGGAAAGAGGAAAUGGAGAGUGCUCCCGCUGAGGAGCUGCAAGUAAAGACCACCAAUGACUAUUGGAUUGUGAAGCGUCGCUGCAACUACAGGCAAUACUAUGUGAUCCUUUGCAACAGCAAGGCUACUCUAUUGGAUGUCACCCAGGAAGCGAGACGGAUUUUCGAGCAGGAGCUCACAGAUGAUGUAUUUUUUGACAAAUAAAGAGGAGGAUCAGAUAGAG